AAUAAACACAAGAAGAAGAACAAAAAACUUAGACAAAGGAGAACGUACUGACCGGGUGUGUUUGUGGAUAACAGGUUAAAAACUAAAUAAAAGGUAAAGAGACAUUCUGCAAAAUUACCGAAUCGUCAAACUGACAUAGCAACCAAUAAAACGAAUAGGCCUACCGAUGCCUUUGUCAAGUAAAGAGAAGGUAGCACGGCAUAGAGCUCGCAUUAACAGUGAUCCUAAAGCAAGAGAGGAGUACCUUACAAAAAGAAGAGCAAGUUACCAAAGACAGAAGACGGAGGGGAAGAUUGUUGGUCAGCCAAUAAGCCAGCUGUCAAACGCCGAAAAAAAAAAGAAGAGAGAGAAAUGGAGGCAGUACUCAAAAAUACAGAGAGGAAAAAGAAAGGCAUUGCAAGAGGUAAUGAACUUAAGGCCAGAAUCAAUCGACAGCUCUGUAGUGGACCAUCCUAGGGAGCAUGAACUUGUCAACCUGGCAGACCAUGCGUAUGCCAACGUGAUGGACGAAAUCCUACCACCGGCAUCCUCGUCACCUGAGAAAGCAAGUGAAAAAGAAGUAGGCAAAGCGAAAGUGCGUUGCAAAAAACUUGAAAAAGAAAAACAGCAGCUAAAAAAAGAGAUCUGGAAACUUAAAAUGCAAUUGAAAAAUACCCGACACGAUGGUGACAAAUGGAGAAAGAGUAGAAAGGCAGAAAAAAGGCACAAGUCUCAGUGAGAAAAACAAAGCAAGAGGGAAGAAAAAACUCGCUCCGGAGAGAAAAGAAAAAGUUCUGAAAUUUCUUUGUAGGGAUGAAAUUAACCGUAUGCUCCCUGGCAAAAAAGACACGAUUACAAAAAAUAAACAAAAAGUUCAGAGGAGAGUUCUUUCACAUUGCCUCUCCGAGCUACAUUCCCAAUGCAAUGCAGAAGUUGGAGGGCUACAUUUAUUGCAAUGCAGACAGUUUGUCCACUAUUGGCCCUUUUACAUAAGAGCCAAAAGCCAGGGACAGGAACACUUGUGCUUUCUUGGACCGUGAAAAUGAGCUGUGCUUCUGUACAACUUUGAGCAGCAGUAUGAUGCAGGCAGGAGUCUGUCUGAGACAGGACACUGAGACAACACUACCAGAGCUCACCGAGAGGCACAGGAUCAGACUGAAAGAAGAGGAACUAAGUGGACUGGGGUCUGUCCGCAUGGCAGAGUCAGAGACAGUAUGCGCUGCACCAGGACUCAACACACUGGAGCCACAAUGUGUUUCAGUGCACAGUGGGGUCAGUGAUGUACACCACACAGACACAUCAUUGGUAAAAACAGAAACUGAUCUGGGCUCCACCCACACUGGGGAUCUUAAGGUGGAAAGCCUGAACAGUACAGAGCUGGGUUAUGUAACCCAUCUGCAUCCUGAAGAAAUCAAGACUGAGACCGAUGAUGGAGGAUACCUUAAGGCAGAACACAUCAGUGACUUGCAAGUUGUGACAUGUGUCUCUAUUGAAUCUGAUCAAAUGAAGUGUGAAUCCAGUGAAAGAUUAGUGAGUGAUCUCAUGAAUACCGUGAAUAAUGGAGCUCAUGUUGAAGACAAAAUCCAAACUGAACCUUGGCAAUGUGCAGCAGAUGAUUUAAAGGGACAUCUGACAAUGAAUUCAAGUGAGAAACAAUACGUUUGUGCAAAGUCUAUAAAGAGAUUGGAUCGGCUAUCUUUUUGUAUCCAAAAUGAGACGGUUCAUACAGAUAAAAAGGCUUACAAAUGUACUCAGUGUGGGAAGUGUUUUAAUUAUAGAUCUGAUUUCAUUUCCCACCAGAGAAUUCAUACAGGUGAAAAGCCUUACAAAUGUACUCAGUGUGGGAAGUGUUUUAGGAGUACAUCUAAUUUAAAUGGUCACCAGAAAAUUCAUACAGGUGAAAAGCCUUACAAAUGUACUCAGUGUGGGAAGUGUUUUAGGAGUACAUCUAAUUUAAAUUGUCACUCGAAAAUGCAUACAGGUGAAAAGCCUUACAAAUGUACUCAGUGCGGAAAGUGUUUUCAUUUUCAGUCUCUUUUAAAUGCUCAUCAGAGAAUCCAUACCGGUGAAAGGCCUUAUAUAUGUACUCGGUGUGGGAAGGGUUUUCAUGCUAAAUGUCAACUAAAUGUCCAUGAGAGAGCUCAUACAGGUGAGCGGCCCUACACAUGUGCUCAGUGUGGGAAGAGUUAUAUUAAUGCAUCAAAUUUAUGGUACCACAACAAAAUUCAUACCGGUGAAAAGCCUUACAAAUGCCAUCAGUGUGGGAAGCGUUGUUCCCGAUCACAUGAAUUAACAAGACACCUGCAGACUCAUACUGAUGAAAAGACUUAUAAAUGUCCCAUGUGCGAGAAGUGUUUUAAGAACAGAUCUAAUUUUAAUUCGCACCAGAGAAUUCAUACGGGUGAAAAGCCCUUCAAGUGUGCUUGGUGUGAACAGUGUUUUUCUGACAGAGUUAAAUUAAAUAUCCACCAGAAAAUUCACACAGGUGAAAAUCCCCACAAAUGUACCCACUGUGGGAAGUGUUUUCAUUAUCAGUCUCGAUUAAAUGCUCAUCAGAGAAUGCAUACAGGUGAAAAACCCUAUACAUGUGCUGACUGUGGGAAGGGCUUUAGUAAGAGAUAUCAUUUAAAUACCCACCAGAAUAUUCAUACAGGUGAAAAGCCUUAUAAAUGUACUUGGUGUGGGAAGUGUUUUAAUAAUAAAUCUAAUUUAAAUACCCAUCAGAGACUUCAUACAGGUGAAAAGGCAAGACAAUCUUUUACUGAUUCAUAAUUUUUGCAACCACAGGACACUGAUGAAAAUCUCCACCAAUGUACUGAUUUUGGGUAGUUUAAUUAAAUUAAAAAAAUUUAAAGGAUCUGCAUAUGUAAACUAAAGAUAGUAGAGGUGAGUGUUGUCUGUGGGAAAUGUUCCCAUUCACAUGAUUUAACAAAGUGCCUGAGGUUUCAUGCAGGAGAAAAGCCCUACAAAUGUUUAUAUUGGAGGAGGUAUUUUUCUCAAUCAUAUGAGUUAAAGAAACACUGGAUGUGUAAUAUUGACAAAUAGUCCUCUUUACUGUGCGGGCAAUGAUUUACUUGAAACAUCGAAUUAAAGGAAACUCUAGAGAACUCAAUGGUAAAUAAAAAGCCUUAUAAAUGUG